GUGGACCCUAGUUGGCUGAAAGAGCACCGUGGACAUCUCGAAUUUUGAAUUACUUUAACACGUGUACAAUCUGUCAGAGCCUGCGUAUUAUCCAGCACUCUCCACCAGAGUAGUAAAGCUUUCUUCUAUUCCGGCUAUACUAGCUUGAGAGAUCAAGAGAAAUUUCAGAGAGAGAAGGAAAUGGAGGGAGAUUGCGAUCUGUCAAAAGAAGAAGAUAGCAGGAAGGUCAUUGUUGUAAUUCUGAUGGGCGCUCCCGGCAGUGGCAAAACCACCUUCUGCAACGACGUCAUGUCCACCGCUCUUCGACCUUGGGUUCGAAUCUGCCAGGACAGCAUUGCAAAUGGCAAAGCUGGAACAAAGUCUCAGUGCUUAAAGAGUGCAGCUGAAGCAUUGAAGCAUGGGAAAAGUGUGUUCAUUGAUAGAUGCAAUUUAGAUAGAGAACAGCGGGUUGAAUUUGUGAAGCUUGGUGGACCACAGGUCGAUGUGCAUGCUGUGGUGCUUGAUCUUCCUGCCAAACUUUGUAUUUCCCGUUCAGUGAAGCGUACCGGGCAUGAAGGAAACCUGCAAGGUGGAAAAGCUGCAGCUGUUGUUAACCGCAUGCUGCAAAAGAAAGAGCUGCCUAAGCUGAGUGAAGGCUAUUCUCGAAUUACAUUUUGCCAGAAUGAAACUGAUGUUCUAGAUGCUGUUAAUACAUACCGUUUGCUGGGCCCAUCAGAUAACCUUUCAUCUGGCUGUUUUGGUCAGAAAAGCACAGACUCCAAAGUCCAGGUCGGCAUAAUGAAAUUCCUGAAGAAAGUAGAUGUUCCCAACAAUGUAGCUUCAAAUGGGAAUAGUCUCCAGGAUUCUGUUAACAGAAAACAGAAUACCGAAAAAGAUUCUUCCUCUGCGGAAUCUGAAAAGAUUAAUACGUGUAUCAGAAAUACCGUCGAGAAAGUCACAGAAGGCAGCAACAAGAUGGAGGGCUCUUUUGGUGGUGGUGAUUCUUGGAAUGAUAUCCCUACUCUAGCUUUUCCAUCUAUCUCGACAGCUGAUUUUCAAUUCAGCCAUGAGAAAGCAUCUGAUAUCAUUGUAGAGCAAGUUGAAGAGUUUUUAAAUAAGGGCGAGAAUGUCAGGCUUGUUUUGGUAGACUUAACUCAUGGAUCACAUAUGUUGUCUUUGGUUGGGGCUAAAGCUGCGAAGAAAAAUAUUGAUUCUAGAAAGUUCUUCACAGUUGUGGGGGAUAUAACUAAGAUCUAUACAGAACGAGGCUUGCGGUGUAAUGUAAUUGCUAAUGCUGCCAACUGGCGGUUAAGACCUGGAGGAGGCGGGGUCAAUGCAGCUAUAUUCAGUGCUGCAGGUGAAGCCCUAGAAAUUGCAACAAAGGAACAGGGUGGAACUCUUGCCCCUGGAAAGUCUGUUGCCAUUCCUCUUCCUCCAUCUUCCCCUCUGUACAAAAGAGAAGGUGUAACUCAUGUCAUCCAUGUCCUUGGACCCAACAUGAAUCCUCAGAGACCAAACUGUCUCCGAAAUGACUAUAUCAAAGGUUGCAAUGUUCUUCGCGAGGCUUACUCAUCCCUUUUCAAAAGCUUCGCAUCUAUAGUGAGAGAACAAAAUACUCUGAAGGAAAGCAGCAAGAAUUUCGGGCCUGGAUCUUCAGAUUCACAUAAAAAUCUCAUCGAACAGUUUCCAAAUACUGAUCAAAAGAUCAAGCGGGAGGGUUGCUAUGAAUCUGAGAGAAACAAGAAAAGUAAAGCACUUCCGUUUGAACAGAUUGUGAUGGAUGAUGAAUGCGGUCAUUCUGGAGAUACUUCUGCAAUGUCACAACCUAAUGAAAACAUGAGUAUGUCUUCUGUUGGUGACGUGCAUGAUGGUAAGGUUCAGCAGAAGAAUGAGAAGAUUGAUAGAGAUGUGAAAAAGAGUUGGGGCUCAUGGGCCCAAGCUCUUUACCAUAUUGCCAUGCAUCCCGAACAGCAUAAGGAUAACCUUCUGGAGAUAUUAGAUGAUGUUGUUGUGCUGUAUGAUCUUUAUCCCAAGGCGAAGAGGCACCUUUUGGUAUUAGCAAGGAGGAAUGGCCUUGAUCGUCUUGCAGAUGUCCAGAAAGAACACCUUCAGUUGUUGAGGACAAUGCACUCUGUGGGAUUGAAGUGGGCUGAAAAGUUCUUGGUCGACGAUGCUUCAUUAAUCUUUCGCCUUGGAUAUCAUUCGGCCCCAUCAAUGCGACAACUGCACCUUCAUGUUAUCAGCCAGGAUUUCAAUUCCUCGCACUUAAAGAACAAGAAGCACUGGAACUCAUUUAACACUGCUUUCUUUCGGGAUUCUGUUGAUGUGAUUGAAGAGAUUGAGAACCAGGGGAAGGCGAUUUUGAACAGUGAUGACAAACUGCUGUCAAUGGAGUUGCGGUGCCAUCGAUGUAGGAGCGCGCAUCCUAAUAUACCUCGCCUCAAGGCCCACAUCAGUAAUUGCCGAGUUCCUUUUCCCGCUGCUUUACUCCAAAAUGGCUGUCUAGUUCAUGCGCCCUCUAGACCUGUUUGUGAAGCCUAGGUAUGUACGGUUAACCUUUUGUCAGAUUUUGUUGUAUGUACAGUUGUUGGAUUCAUGAAUCUCAUAUUUCAAAAAAAAAAAAAAAUCCGGAUUCAUGAAUCUCAGCAUUUAGCAUGCAUUUAGAGUGUAAGAACAAAAUCUGAACCAUACAUCCCAUGGGCUAUGCUAAAAAUGGUUCUCAGUAACCAAAAUUUUGGACAA